AUGAAGCGCGGAGCAUCAGCCAUUUUUUCGGAAUGCCAUGAUGACAAGCAGGGUGACACUGUGUCGAAAGCCUUGAAGCAGCAUGACAUUGAGGACUCCAAUGCCACUGCCAAAGCUCCCUCCGGCCCAUCCAGUCUGCGCGACGCAUUCAACUGGCCCGUCGACAUGGUUGCUGUCAUCCUUCAGGAUGAAAGUCGGAUGGCCCGCUUGAAGGAGUCAUUGCACUCCACAUGGAGAUUGACAUCGAACUACUCUGGCCUGUGUACAGAGGAAACUGCUUUCCAGGCAUUGCGGGCAGGACUUCGUGCACACGCAGAAAAAUUGGGGCUGCGUGAUGAGAAGGCUGAGGUGCUGCCCGUGGAAUUUCACAGCGCUUGUGACGCAGACGGAGUUUGCCAAGGGUUAGCUUUGGGGAUUCCGGGCUCACGCCAGGCCCAGCAUUACUUCCAGCAGCUGGAUGAUGUUCUGGUCAGUGAGGUGCAGCAAGAGUUGAAUGCAAUGGAGCAGUCAAUGCCAUCGAUAAGGGGAAACAUGUCCAAGGAUUGUCGCGCAGAAGUGCUUCAACAGCGUGUUGACGCAUAUGAGGCCAUGGGAGAGUAUUUGCUGCAGAGGAGUUCGGAGCCAGAACCCAUGGUGAAGGCAGAAUGCUUCUGUGUGAAACACCUCCAGGAAUGCAGGCUGAAUGCAUCCACUGCUCAGGCUGCCCAGUCUGCCCAGUGCUCUCCAGGAGCAGACGCAGAGUCGAACGCUGCCAAGGACCAUUCCCUGGAAGUGGCAGGGCUCACAUGCGUGGCGUUUUCCUCCUACGGCAAACAUGAGGGGCUUGGCCAUGAGUCCAUGCGACCUUUCUACACAUGGUGUGUCCUCAUGCGAUUUCGCAGGCCACUGCUUUUGAUCAUGGAGUCAGCCAGUGCAUUUCCGAAGGGUAAACUGCAGAUGUUUCUGGAGGACUUGUACCAUUUAGAAUUCGUGGAUCAUCCGGGGCCGUGUUUCCACGGCUGGCCCAUCCGAAGGCCCAGAAUGUACUGUUUGGGCUUUCUGCGUUCACAGGUGACCUUUGUGGGGAGUGUUGCCGAAUACACGGCUUUGUUCAGAAGGACAGUGGAGAUGGAUGGGAAUGCUCUUUUUUUCCUUCCACACGACCAUGCCGAGAUUGUGCAGGAGUUUCAGCUGCUCUGCAAAAGGCGAGGUUUCCAGAUGGCCGAUGAGAUGAGCCAGCAGUCCUGGGACCGCUGCUACCCCGCCAAUCAGCAGAGCAUCUUGCAGCAACAUCGAGCUCGCAUGGCGAAGAAACAUGGUGAUACCAACGAAGACGAAGCUUACAUUCUAGACUUGGACCAGAACUUCGGCUUCGCUCAAGCAGGUCCGUGGUGGCCUUGCGUCAUUACGCAUGGCACGAUUCAUAGUUUGCAGAAGGGAAGGCAUGCGACUGUGUCCGAGUUGUUUGCCGCCCAAGGAUUCCCGACAGACCUCUUGUUGAAAGCGCCUUACAGCCCUGCAUUUCUGGAAAAGGUCCAGGCAUCCAUUGCAGAACGUGAUCCUAGAUGGUCCAAAGCAGUUUGGCACAAGAUGAUCGGAAAUGCGAUGUUCGUGCCAACGCUCGGUUCCAUGAUCUUGUAUGCGUUGAGCAGCAUAGAGUGGCAGCCGGCUACUUUGUUCACCAUGAAGUCAAGGCUGACUUUCUCUUUUGAAGACAGCCAGCACCAAGAAGAUCUGACAGGAGAGAUGGCAGCCGAUGCUGGGUUUUGA